AUGCGUUCUGGCGCACUUGUUGUUCUUGGAUGCGCGCUGCUUGCUUUCAGCGCGUCUCCCCCAGUCGGUGUAUCCUUGCGUUCCUCUUUCAGUGCUGCAGAUCCAUUGCUCGAAGCCCUAGAAACACUGGCCCUUACCUCUCCAGAGCACCUGUUCUCACUCCUUAAUCAUUUCCCCCUCCCACUUAAACCCGCGACGCCGGAAGAAUCGCAUAACGUCGUCUUAGAUCUCGCAACAAAUUACCUCCUGGCUCCUGAGAUAGCUGCCGUGAAUGUUAGGCUAGCUUUACAUGCCGCAAUUCCCAAACUCGCUGCACAGCACACACACGAAAGUGGAAGGGAGGGAUGCGAGGAUUGGGUAGAUUGGUAUGGAAGCAUUGUAUGCGACGCAGAAGAACUUAGGCGCCUCGUCGAACUUUCAGUCGCAGCCUCGGAUUCCGAGUCUCGACCAAAAAUGAAGCGCCUCCAAACAGAUCAUACUCCACCCAUUCAGCCAUCACUUGACGCCCCCAGAUGGACAGCAAUACACUACGCUGACCCUAUGGCACCUGAAUUCAAGCCACUACAUCGCGCCUUACUCUCUUUGAGUCAUGAUGUGGAAUACGUACUACGCUGGGUACGGCCUGUCAUUGCAACAGAUGGACCGUAUUUGUCUGGGUUCGGUGUCGCACUGGACUUGAAGAAGAUGGAUUACCUCGCUGUGGAUGACCGGAAGGGGGCUUCUUCCACAUCUCGUGAUGAUUCCUCUGGGAACGAGAGUCAGGAAGGGAAUGAAAAUGACGUGCUAAGCUGUGUUUUCGAGGCCAUGUCAUACAUUGAUACCGCAAUGGAGGAGGAUGCUACCACAAAUAAUCCCUUGAGUAGAGAGGAGAUUCAAGAUCUUGGCCUUAAAGCAACGUCUUUCCUUGCUCUCCUUUCCAACUCCGAUUCCUUCCCUCCAGUUAUCUCUUCAUGCUUAUUGGGAAAUUCGCUCACCCCGCUGCAGUUUUUGCACACGCUGUCUGCGAAUUUUCCGCGCUAUGCUGCUCCACUUGCACGCAAAGUUCGCGUGCCGGACACAGUACGAGACGAAGUACAAGAUAACUGGGGGAAAGCGAUGAUGGGCGUGAACACGGUAUGGAUCAAUGGGCGGGUGCUAGAGGGUGAAGCUGGGAUAUUCGGGCUUUUACGCAACUUUGCGCGCGAACGCGCUCUUAUUCGCUCACUCGUCGAACUUGGCUUGUCUCGGUCGCAGGCCAUAGAAUUUGUCGUGCACCCAGUACAUUCGGGUCCUCUUGAUCCAUCUCCGUCGAAAUUGAAAAUAAAGAAAGGCACCACGCUUGGUUCAGCGAAGCGCUUUGCCCAAGAAGUUUUGCACGCAGAUACAGAGAACAAUGCGGAGGCAGAAGCCUUGAACGAAGGACAGAGAGGAUAUGAUAUUUCUCCAAAGUGGAAUGAUCUCUUGGAUGGCCUCGUCGACUCUUCAGAUAGAUCAGAAGGGGGCGGCGUUAUAUUAUGGCGGAACGAUAUCGAGGAAGACACGAAAUACGCUGACUGGGGGACGGACUUGACACAGCUUCUCCGCAUGCCUCCCACUCAACUUUUCAGUCCUUACUUGCGUUUGCGGGUCAACGUCAUUAAUGUCGUCCUCGCCCUUAACUUUUCGCAACCGCGAUGCCUUUCUCUUAUUGCAAACCAAGUAGAUAGCAUCGUCGCCCGCGGGUUUCCUGUCAGGUGGGGAUUUGUUCCAGUUUCUGGUGACGGUGACGGCCUCAAGAUGGCGAGAAUUAUAUACUAUGUUGCACAGAAAUUCAGUCGUCCAGAAGUGGCCUCCUUUUUCCGCUCUUUAUCCACUGCACACGCGCAGCAGCACUUCUCUACUCUGUCUUGGAGUAUUGUCCAUGCAACAUUCAACACUCUUGGGGCAGCAGAUAGCUUUGCAGACAUAGCUAGCGGGAAGGUUCCCAGCGUUGAAGAAGCUCUUGAAAGCGCAAGGCGGUGGACGAAGAGACUUGGUAUUAGCGGCAAGGAUGGGGAAGGGUUUGUUAAUGGAAAGUGGUAUGAAUUGGGGGAUAAUUUCUUACGAGACCUGCAGAAUGAGGCGGUCGGGCAGCUGCAGUUACUACAGGAACUGGUUUACCUCCAAGAACUGACCGGUGCUUCCGUGCCGCUCAUCCCAACGUUCUUUUAUGACCUCCCUACAACACUCUCGAGCCGGAAUCCGUACAUUUUCAGCAAGGCGCCCUCUUCAGUGCAUGCUCCUUCACCGAGUACUGGGAAUCUCAAAAUUCUCGAUCUUGGCGAUUUGGGUAAGCGCACAGGGUGGAGCCCGCUCACAUGCGCAUGGGUGACAUCGGAUGCCGAAAGGACACCUGUAAGCAUGGUUGUCAUCGCCAAUCUGGAUUCAGCGGAGGGGCAAGCACUGGUUCAGGAGGCUGUGACGUUCGUUUCUAGAAAGGAAUCGCAAUCACGCAUUACAUUCCUACAUAAUCCCUCUACCGGCUCACCUGGGGGUAAUGUAUCGUCCUUCUUUGCAUAUGUUGGGUCAACAAGCGAUCUUGGAGAGCUCUCUCCGGAUCUGUUACAACGAGCGCUCGACGAUUUGAAAACACAAGACGCUACACAGGGUCUUCAGCCCGGAGAACAAGCCAUCAUUGUUAAUGGCCGGCUCAUUGGUCCUUUCUCUCGCGAAUCGGAGUUCGUGUCCGAAGACUUUGCGACGCUGGAGACAUAUGAAAUGAAAAAGCGAGUUAGACGUGUCGCGCAAGCUAUCGAGGAAGUUCUAGCUGACGUCACAGAACUUGAUGCGCUCGCAUAUGCAAACCUGGUCUCAGUAGCAUCCUCGAUUGUUUAUGCAGAUCAACAGCCAGAUCCAAGUGAAGUUGGAUUGUUCGACAGCGCACCUCGAGCCAGGACUAGUAAUUAUAAACUCCUAUCGGGUAGUUACACGAAAUUUGAAUUUGGUGAUCGAGAGAAUGCACUGACACACCUUGUCCUGCUCCUUGAUCCCCUGAGUGAAGGAGCGCAGAAGUGGAUCGCAAUCUUAGAGAAACACGAAGAGCUCUUCCCGGAGGUAUACUUUGAACUGUACCUCAAUCCAGCUCAACAUUCCGAAAUCCCACUCAAACGAUUUUACCGAUAUAGUGUCGAGCCUCGCGUGCAAUAUGACAACAAAGGCAAUGAGAUUCCGGCGCAAGUAACGUUCAAUGGCCUAUCUGUAGACCCGAUAUAUACUCUUAGCAUGGACGUUCCCCCCUCGUGGCUCGUUCGCCCACGAGAAGCCCUUUACGACCUCGAUAAUAUUCAGCCGAGCACACUUCCACCUGACGGCCUUCAUGCUCUUUUCUCGCUCGACUACCUCGUCCUCCAACUGACCACUUCAUCUCCUGCUGCCAAUCAUACUCCGUCCGUAGUCGACGACACUCAGGUUGUCGCGAAUCUUGGCUACUUGCAGUUCAAAGCUCGCCCAGGAACAUUCAAACUUACUAUUCGCGAGGGAGGAGGCCGUGAGGUAUAUGAUAUAGUCAGCGUGGGGAGUGAGGGUUGGAAUAGUCCUUCUGUAGAAGAUUCUGGAGAGGAAUUGACUGUGAUGAGCUUUGAGGGACUAACCCUGUACCCAAGGCUGUCACGGAAACCGGGUAUGGAGAAGGCGGAUGUGCUAGCAGGGUUACAGCAACACUCGGGCCAAUCCCAAACCGUCGUACACGAUAUCUUGUCCAAGGUUUUAUCUCUCUUCACAUCAAAAAGUGAAAGCACAACCGAAGUCGCAGAGACGGGCGCCAGACAAGCGGAUAUCAACAUAUUCACAGUUGCUUCUGGGCUGCUCUAUGAGCGUUUCGCUUCCAUCAUGAUUCUCAGCGUCCUGCGCAACACAAACAGCACUGUGAAAUUCUGGUUCAUCGAGAACUUCCUAUCGCCUUCUUUCCUGGAAUUCAUACCACACAUGGCCGAAGAAUAUGGCUUCCAGUAUGAGCUCGUGACUUAUAAAUGGCCGUCUUGGCUCCGCGCCCAAAAGGAAAAGCAGCGCAUUAUUUGGGCAUACAAGAUUCUUUUCCUCGAUGUUCUGUUUCCCAUGGACCUAAAUAAAGUCAUAUUUGUCGACGCGGACCAAAUUGUCCGUGCGGAUCUACAGGAACUGGUUGACCUCGAUUUGCACGGUGCACCAUAUGGUUAUACACCCAUGGGCGAUGACAACUACGAGAUGGAAGGUUUCCGAUUCUGGAAAACUGGAUAUUGGAAAGACUUCUUGGGUGAUCUUCCGUAUCAUAUAAGUGCCCUGUAUGUUGUAGAUCUCGUUCGUUUUCGCCAGAUGGCCGCGGGAGACAUCCUUCGUGGACAAUACCAGAUGCUUUCAGCUGAUCCAAACUCCCUCGCUAACUUGGACCAAGAUUUGCCAAAUAACAUCCAAAGAGAAGUGCCGAUAUUCUCUCUUCACGAAGACUGGCUCUGGUGUGAAACCUGGUGCAGCGCAGAUCGCCUUCAUCGUGCCAAAACCAUUGACUUGUGCCAGAACCCCCUGACGAAAGAACCAAAAUUAUCACGUGCGAGGCAGAUCCCUGAAUGGGAAGAAUACGACAACGAGAUCGCGCAAUUUGCGGGCCGACUGGCUGCUGAAGGCAAGAUUCAUUCGAGUGUUGCUACCGCUCGUUCGGAUGUCCUUGCGAAUGUUGGGUUGGUUCAACCAGCACACGUCAAUGACGUCGAGGGUACUUCAGAGGGCGAGGACCUUCAGCAUUCACAUGACGAAUUGUAG